AUGGGCGCGUACGUCCAUUUACUAGAAUAUAAUAACAUAGAGGGCAUGAUCUUGCUUUCUGAAUUGUCGAGAAGACGUAUUCGAUCCAUCAACAAAUUGAUCAGAGUUGGCAAAACUGAACCUGUCGUAGUUAUUAGAGUAGACAAAGAAAAAGGUUACAUAGAUCUAUCAAAACGUCGUGUGUCAGCAGAAGAUAUAGAUAAAUGUACAGAAAGAUAUGCUAAGGCUAAAGCAGUGAACUCCAUCCUUAGGCAUGUUGCUGAACUUCUCAAUUAUCAAAGCUCAGAACAACUAGAAGAACUGUACAAACAGACUGCUUGGCAUUUUGAAGAGAAAUAUAAGAAAAAGGCAUCUGCCUAUGACUUCUUUAAACAGGCUGCUGUGGACCCAUCAGUUCUUAAUGAAUGUGGUUUGGAUGACAAUACUAAAGAGGUUCUCUUAGCCAACAUUAAGAGGAAACUUACCUCUCAAGCUGUGAAGAUCCGAGCUGAUAUUGAAUGUGCAUGCUAUGGUUAUGAGGGUAUUGACGCAGUUAAAGCAGCCUUAAAAUCGGGCCUUGCACUAUCUACUCCAGAAAUGCCUAUUAAAAUUAAUUUAAUUGCUCCUCCUCUAUAUGUAAUGACAACUUCAACCCCUGAGAAAACAGAUGGGCUUAAAGCAUUGCAAGAUGCCAUUGAUAAGAUUGAAGACACAAUAACUACUGCUGGCGGAGUGUUCAAUGUACAAAUGGCGCCUAAAGUGGUCACAGCGACAGACGAGGCGGAACUGGCAAGACAAAUGGAGCGUGCUGAGGCAGAAAAUGCAGAAGUUGCUGGAGACUCUGCAGAGGAGGAUGAGGACCAAGGUAUGGGUGAUGCUGGAAUGGAUGAAGAACCUCAACAAAAUGGUGCUUCCGAUGAGGAAGAUGACAAC